UGGAAUUGGAAGGUUGUGAAGCUUUCGUCUCCACCCCACAUGCCUAAUCGUCUUCUCACCAAGCCUUUGGAGAAGAUUCCCAUGCUCCCUUCAAUUGAUUCUCAUUUUCCUUUGCCCCAUUCUGAUUUUCUCUGCCUUUCUUUUCCUGCUUUUCCUCUAUAAAUUGCUCCUUCGAGUCUCUCUGCAACUUCCCCUUCUUCGUUUUCCUCUUCCUUCCUUAGCUCUUAAAUCUUUAUCUCUCUCUCCCUCAAGCCCAGGCUUUCUGGCUUGCCGUAUUUCUGCUUUCCGUGAAAUUUAUUUUGGGUUAGGUUAAUCACCUGAAACCCGUUAUAUUUUAAAUCUCUUGGGACCAUCGUUUUGCAGGCAUCUGAGGCUGGUUACAGGCGGUUAUUCUGCCGGAGGAAGUUCUUCCCAUGUUUCUUUACGCUGAUUUUUCGGUUUUUAACGUUUGAGAUUCAUGUCUCCAGUCGUCAGUGAAAUCCUCCGUUCCGGGUUUAUGAUAAAUUCUUCCUUGAGGCGCAGGACCCACUUAGUUCAGUCCUUCUCUGUUGUGUUCCUCUACUGGUUCUAUGUGUUUUCAUAAAUCUCUUAACAUCAUCGCAGUUCUGUAUUAUAUAAUUGUUUAAAUAUUAUCGUCAAAAUUAAAAUUAGCUCCGUGUCAUUGGGGUCCUGCUCCUGCUGCGUCUUUUAGAUUUCAAAGCUAGUUUGUGGUCUUUUUUUCGAUAGUUGGGUAAAUUCUGGAAAAACCAGUCUUUGGUGCACAGAUCAUAUCUCAUGGACUUGUCCGGUGGAAAUUCGUCCAUGUCCACCAGAUUUCAGAGCUCUGGUUCUGAAGAGGAUCUGCAGGCUUUGAUGGAUCAGAGAAAAAGGAAGAGAAUGCAAUCGAACCGGGAAUCGGCAAAGCGAUCCCGGAUGCGAAAGCAAAAGCACUUGGAUGAUCUGAUGGGCGAGGUGAGUCAGCUGAGAAAGGAAAAUAGCGAAAUCCUGACAAGCAUAAACAUCACCACACAACACUAUCUGAAAAUUGAGGCCGAAAACUCCGUAUUGAGGGCUCGAACGGCGGAGCUUAGCCACAGGCUGCAAUCACUCAACGAUAUUCUGAGCUUCAUCAACACGAGCACUGGGUUUUAUGAAACCGAUUGCUAUCCAGCGAGAGCAGACAACUUCAUGAAUCCCAUGGGCAUGCCCUUUCUCAAUCAGCCUAUUAUGGCUUCUGCAGACGUUUUUCAGUAGUGAGGCUAUUAUCUUCUCCAAGGCCUUGUGCCUCAGAACCUGGAAAUUCUCGAAAAGGAGUCCAAUUCUUGUUUUCUUUAUGUCGGAGUCAGCGAGUGGAGAAAAUUUGAACUUUCUAGGUUCUUUAUCUUCUUCGACCUCUCAGACUUUUAAUGUAAUAUGUCUAAUUAAUUGUUGUAAUGGAGUUGAGCAGAAGCUAGUGGUUUGAUUCUGGUAAUGGUGGGUCGGGAUAUAAGUAAUAUUGGCUGAAGUGCAGUA